AAAAAAAGAAAAGAAAAUAAUUGCCAGUUUCUGUUCUUAAGAAAUGGAAACCUGUCCGCUUCUGCCCCUAAGAAAUAGAAACUUGCUUUUCGUGAAAUCAGCUAACAGAGAAUACUUUGAAUUCAGAGGCCGUGUUUCGUUUAUUAUUCUCAGCACUUCCUCCAGGACUCGGCAAUUACUAGAGACUCAAUAUAACACCAAGGUCCAGGAUGACUCAGCCGACCAGCACGUGACCAAGCAGAGCUCCCAACAAACUUUUUCUCCUCUUAGCAAGGGUGCCAGUGUGCCAUGCCCACAGACCUCCCUUCCUUCCUCUUCCCAUCUCCUCUGGACCCAAGGAUGAAUGGAGAGGACAAGGAAACCUUCUUUGCACAAACAGUAAUCUGCAGCGUCACCCUGUGCAAAGGAAGGAACUAAGCUGCGCUCCCCAGGCAUCAUGGGCCGUCUGCUGGCCUCCGAAGUACAGCAGCUGCUCCAUAACAAAUUUGUGGUCAUCCUGGGAGACUCGGUGCAGAGGGCCGUGUACAAAGACCUGGUGCUCCUGCUGCAGAAGGACUGCUUGCUCACUCCCAGCCAACUCAAGGCCAAGGGCGAACUGACCUUUGAACAGGACAAGCUGGUGAAAGGAGGUCAGCUGGGCCCCUUGCACAAUGGCACCAACUACCGCGAGGUCCGCCAGUUUAGCUCAGAUCACCAUCUAGUGCGCUUUUACUUCCUCACGCGCGUUUACUCCAAGUACCUGGAGGCCAUCUUGGAGGAACUCCAGUCUGGUGAGCAUGCCCCGGACCUGAUCAUCAUGAACUCCUGCCUCUGGGAUGUCUCCAGGUAUGGUCCGCACUCCUGGAACAGCUAUCUGCAGAACCUGGAGAACCUGUUUGGGCGAUUGGGCGAAGUUCUGCCUGAGUCUUGCCUCCUGGUGUGGAACACGGCCAUGCCUGUGGGUAAGAAAAUUACCGCACGCUUUCUGCCACGCAAGCCCCUGCCCUGGGCCAUCCCUCUGCGAAGGAUCGUGGUGCAUGCCAACUUCUACAGCUCCAUCAAGGCAAGUAAUCAUGGCUUCGAUGUGCUAGACUUGCAUUUCCACUUUCGUCAUGCUUGGAAUUGCCUGCAGUCAGAUGGGGUGCACUGGAAUGAGCACGCACACCGCCAGCUCUCCUACCUGCUGCUGACCCACGUGGCUGAGGCCUGGGGUGUGGAGCUACCCUGCCGCCCACCCGCACCCAUAGGCGAGCUGAUCCAGGACGCUCCUGAGAGGCAGCCCCAGGCCAACCGAGAUCAACUGGACUUAUCUCUGUCACAAGCUCUUUACAGAAAGGAACGCAUUAAGCUCAUCUCAGAAUCCAGAGCCCAGUGCAGGCACUCCUAUGACGUCUGUGGCCUGGAAACCAACCGUAGUUUCCUAUCUUCAUAUCUGUAUAUCAAGGCUUCUGCAAGGAACAUGUGA